AGAAGGGGAGAGAGCUAUCCGUUUACAGAAACAUCUGAUAGUUUGUGUAUGGCGAACGGAAACCUGAUCGGCUAAAGCCUGCCGAACCCAGGAGGAGUGACUAACAGGAAGCAUACAAAAAAUGUCUUCUUCCUCAAGCGAAGUCAUAUGUGCAAAUGAGAUUAAGAAAGAGAGGACGGGAGACUCGCAGGAGACCACGAAACUGCUAGAACUGGAUUCUAUAGCCCUGUCUAUGGAGCAUGCAAUUUCAACUGCAGACCAGCUCCAGAACGAACUUUUGGUGAGUGCUGCUUCUGCCCUGUCUUUUUCCCCAGAACAAGUGGCUUGUGUCUGUGAGGCUUUGCAGCAAGGUGGUAACGUGGACCGCUUAGCCAGGUUUUUGUGGUCAUUGCCCCAAAGCGACCUACUACGUGGCAACGAAAGCAUCCUGAAAGCACAAGCUUUGGUGGCUUUCCAUCAGGGACAAUACCAGGAACUUUACAGCAUUUUGGAGAACCACAGUUUCACCCCCUCCAAUCACUCGUCCCUGCAGGACCUCUGGUACAAGGCUCGGUAUACAGAAGCCGAGAAGGCUCGGGGGAGACCUCUAGGAGCUGUGGACAAAUACAGGCUGAGGAGAAAAUACCCGCUUCCCCGGACCAUCUGGGACGGGGAGGAGACGGUGUACUGCUUCAAAGAGCGGUCCAGGAACGCGCUGAAGGAGCUUUAUAAGCACAACAGAUACCCUUCACCGGCCGAGAAAAGAAACCUGGCGAAAAUCACAGGGCUUUCAUUAACUCAGGUCAGCAACUGGUUUAAAAACAGGAGGCAGCGGGACAGAAAUCCGUCUGAAACGCAAUCCAAAAGUGAGUCUGAUGGCAAUCACAGCACCGAAGAUGAGUCGAGCAAAGGGCAUGAUGACCUCUCCCCUCGGCCCUUGUCCAACUCGUCGGAUGGGAUCAAUAACCACCACCACAGCAACAGCAUCUCCCUCACCAGCACUACAGAAGGUAUGGUCAUUCAACAGAUAGGGGAUCCAAAAACCUCUUCAGGUUCACCUGGCGCAGUGUUCAACAGGAACCUUGUGACGGCUAACACUCCUUCGGUGUUCCUUAAUGGGAGCUCCUACAUUCAGACGCCAAGUAACAUCCUCUUCAAUGGACUUAACGUGGGAGGAACCCAGGCCAUUGCCUUCAGCCCGCUGAGGAGCACCAGCAACAUUGUAAGCAAUGGAGAGAUCGUGCUGCACUCGUCUGAUGAGAAAGAUUUUAAGCUCCUCAAUGGACCUGUGACUAACUCUGCCAUGCCUUACAAUCUCAACACGCCGAGUGCCUCUUUCCCAGCAGCCAUUAAUGCCAGAGAUAUCAAAAUUGGAAGCUUACAGACCCUCGCUUCUCAAGAGGGAGGACCUGUAGUCACUUUUACAACAUGCAGUGGACCCCGUCAAGUCAACCAGUACAGCCUUGUUCAAAUCCCCUCAGCUGAAACCAGUGGGCAGAUGGUCAAUGGGAACCUUGGGCUUCCACCAUUACGAAUGCCUCCUGUCUCAACAGCGCCUUCCCAUGGUAACAUUUUAUUAAGCAGUGCUGCCACUGGUCAAGGGGAAUCCUUCUCCAAUGGGCCAUCCUCAACAGUGCAGCAGGGCAAACUAGUCCUCUCCCCUGUCCAGCCUCGCACUGUGCUGUACACGGUCCCAAACACGCUUCAGGGGGUGACCUCCAUCAAGCAGGAGCCUGCAGAUGGGGGGUUAAUGUUUUCUCAAUUGAUGCAAGUCGAUCAAAACAGCCAGCUAAAUGUGAAUGUGUCUUCAGAAAACCUUUCCGGGGCCGUUGCACAGACUGUGACCUCGUCUCUGGUCAAUGUAACAUUGAACCAGAAUUACUCUCUGGUGUCGCCAGCUGUCAUCGGCUCUUCAGACCCUUUGAACUCUCACGGCUCAGUGAGGCCCUCAGCAGUAGUGUCCAGCCAGCCUGUCUGUGUGGCAGCCAGUAACCCACCCAGCGGAGUGUCAGUGGGCAACGCCAGCUAUGCAACUCUUCAGAGCAGCCCUCUGAUCUCCACGGUAGCUCAAAGCACGCUGACCGUCUCAGAGUCCAAUCUGAUGCUGGCCGCAGACCGAGGGGAGGACUCCUGCAGAUCAGGGCAGCAUCUUUCUCAAGACUUGAGGAGUCCGCACGUCACAGUCCAGCAGCUGCUCCCCACACUGAAGGGCAACUUCCUUUCCAUUUCAGAGAACAAAUCGAGUGAGGAUUUCCUGACGCUCGACUCCAAGUCAAAGUGUGCAGUGAGUGAAAUGGUGAGAGUCAUCUGUGCAGAGAUGGAGACGGAAGAGAAACGGCUUGCAAAACUGCAAAAUGUCCAAAUGGAUGAAGACAUCAGUGAUAUCUAACUUUUACUAAGAGAGUAAAUAUGUAGCCUUAUAUUUUUACAAAGCUUUUAGACAACCCUGUGUAUUCAAUUCCGAAUUCUUAUAAUGCUGACGAUCUACAAAUCAAUUUGCAAUAUGGACAAAGUUUCAUGGUUCUACAGAGAAGGUAGCAUAUAUAUUAUAUCAGAUAUACUGUAAUCUGUAUUUCUAAAGGGAAACCUUUCUGUUUUAGAACCGGGGUGUUAAAAUAGGCUGUUUUUGUCAGCGGUUAUAGACUGUGUAUGUCUUUAUGAACCACUAUUAUUUGUAUUAUUUUUUUACUAUAAUUUAUCAUACAGGAAGAUAACGGCAAUUAUGCUUGUUGUAAUACCUUUUGUCAAGUAAAUUGCAGCCUUUCGGAAGGUAUUAAUGACUCCAGUGGUUUAAAGAUUCCAAGUUUGGACGAAUACGUUUUGUUCUUCACAGAAAAUAAUUGAUUGUAAAGUCAGCGGUAUUGUAUUUAGUCCAGUGUAUGUAUUUGCAUUUCAUGCAUCAUUUGAUAAUUCAACGGAUUACUGUACUGCCCAUUAAUUUAAUUCUCAUACUUUUAUAGAUUGGUUUUAAUGAGGCCGAGUAACAUAAACAACACUCGUAGCCCGUAAGCACAAAGGAGACCGACACAUGCUUUAACCAAAGGUUAAUUACUUAUCUGAAGAGGUAUCUGAAAGUUGUAGUGUCUCAAGCCCAUCAGGAAGUAAACAGUUCUGAAACCACAAAGUUAGGAGUCAGUGCCCUGUAGACAUCAAGUGUGAGAGGUGACCAAGCAAAGAAUCAAAGACACAAUAUGUAUGUAAUUAUUACAUAAAAAAAGAACUAGACGGAUAUAAUCUUCAUCUGAGCAAUACAUUCACAGUACGGUUGUCAUGGCUCCCAGUUCAGCUUGCAGGAGACCUGUGGUUCACCCAAUGGUUGACCUACCAUCCUUUGUUUGUAUUUUUCUUCAUACUUUGUCAAGAAGAAUGAUUUGUUAGAAUUAAAGGUGCCUUUUCUACUAGCAGUAAGCGUAAUCGUACCCAUCCAAAUGAGCUUCUCCACUUGCGCCUGGAUUGAUGCAUCACUGCAGGGGAAUGUAAUAAAGCAGGCCUUACAGCUAUGAUUACACUUUUCUUUUACAUCUUCCAACACUACUUUAUUGACAUAGCUGACCAUAAGGAGCCCCUUUUAAAAGACAGACCCGAAAGCAGCCUGUUUACCAUCCCCCUUGUAGUGAUUUGUAGCUUGCUAUCCUGUGAGCGUCAUCCUUUCUAUAUGCAAUACACCGACCUGAACUGUAAAAAAAUAAAUAAAUCAUAUUACAAUAAAAUAAGGUUUCUAUAGGUUUUUUUUUUUUUUUUUUAAUACAUUUUAUAUGCAGGCUUACCUGUAACUAAAUGAGCUUUGAGAAUGCAAGGCAUUGAGAUAAAUAUGUGAAUCUGUGUUAAGUGAGACUGUUUUCCCUAAAAUGUUUUGAAUAUAAAUGUUCUUCUGUUUUCUAACUGGAAAGGGGGUUCUUUCUUUCUUUGCAUGGUUGUCUGAAUUCAGUCCAGUACACCAGUGCUCUGAUUUAUGUGCCUUAUAUCUUUUUACAGAAGUGAUACAUUGUACUCUGUGUGGGGAAUGGGUAGAGAACAGGAGGUCUAUACUGCACUACUUGGUGAUGGUACACUGAGCAUACAAGGCAGCAUUCGUGUGCUCUAUUGUUAUACCAAAGAUAGCUUUCUCUAAGGGUUUGUUAUGUACUGUAAUAGGAUUGUAUGCCUGAAAUGUUAUGUCAUUUUUUUUGUUUGUAUUCUGAAAUGAUGUGAACUUAUUUUUCUAAACACUAUACUCAAUAAAACUUUAUAUUUAUACAUA